AUGGACCGAGGCAACAUGACUCUUCAACCAACCACUGGGGAGAAUUCCAGCCAGACCCCAGCUGCUGUGAGUGCCGCUCACCUGGCCUCUGCAAUGUUGCUCUUCAUCACCUUCCUGGUGGGUGUGGUGGGGAACGGGCUGUACCUGUGGGUGCUGGGGCUGAAGAUGAGGAGGACGGUGACCACGCUCGUGUUCCUCCACCUGGUCUCCUCUUAUCUCCUCCUCACCCUGCUGAUCCCCUUCUUCGCCGUCUACGUCCUCCUGGAUUUUCACUGGGUCUUCGGCACGGCCAUGUGCAAGCUUCUGAAUGCCUGCAUCUCCGUGGGCAUGUUCACCUCCGUCUUCCUUCUCACCCUCAUCAGCCUGGACCGCUACAUCCUCACUCACCGUCCCAUCUGGUGCCGGCAUCACCGCACCGUGCCCUGGGUCAGGAAGCUGGUCGUGGGCGUGUGGCUGGUCUCCUUAGCCCUCAGCGCUCCCUACCUGGCUUUCCGGGAGACCCGGGUGGGGGAUGGGGGAAGAAUCACCUGCAUCAAUAAUUACACCUUCUCCGGAGUCUGGAACGGAGCCGAGCCACAGGACCUGGGCAGACGGGUCCACCUGGCCGUCCUCAUGGUCCGGUUCCUGCUGGGCUUCCUGCUGCCGUUCUGCACCAUCGCAGGAUGCUAUGGCUGCGUGGGGCUGGAGAUGAAGGAGAAAGGGCUGGCGCGGAGCAGGAAGCCCUUCAAAGUCAUGGUGGCCGCGGUGGUUUCCUUCUUCCUCAGCUGGCUGCCCUACCACCUCUACCACGGCUUGAAGUUCUUCAAAGACGAGUGGAAGUUGGACUCCAUCCUGGUCAUUUACACGCUCACCUCCUGCUUCAACACCUGCUUCACCCCUGUCCUCUACCUCUUCGUGGGGCGGCGGUUCCAGCAGGUGCUUAAGACAUCCUUGCUUGCUCUGCUUCGGGAGACUUUUGCUGAAGACCUCAGCGGCAACGGUGCUAUCUCGCAUGAGAGCUCCGGGGUGGUAGCUGGCAAACUGGAGCUGCCUGAGCAAGUUACGGGGCCUCUGGAUUCAGGGACAGGAAGCUUAGAACCCAGGGUUCUAGAUUAACCGAUGUAGAGCUUAAUGGCCUCUAGCUCUCCCGGCACCAGAAAGUCUGGUGUGAUGCCGCAGGUUCUAGAAUCAUGUCAUGUUCUGAAAUGUCACAGGUUCCAGAUUUCCUGAUGCUUUCACAAAAAUCAGAAUGGUUCUUGGCUGAAUCUAGAACACGAUGGGUUCUAGUUCAUCCCCCUUCAAGCCUCUGGUGUGAUUUCAUAUGUUCUAAAUUCGCAAUUUGUUCUAUAACAGUGUGGGUUCUAGGUAUCUGCCCCUUUAAACUCCCGAUGUAGCCCUGUAUGUUCUAGCUUCCUGGUUUGUCCUAUAGCUUCAUGAGUU